AUGGCAACGCGUGUUGGUUAUGCUAUGCUAUUUUGUUUUGAUGCGAUCGUCGCGUGGAUCAGUCUUACACCUGGCUUGGCUCGCUCUAUCGAGGAUUGGACCUUUCAUUAUGUGCAGGUGAAAUGUGUCGAGCAAGAGACUUGCGUGGGCGUACUAGCGGUGCAUCGUAUCACGUUUGCGCUCGCCCUAUUCCACCUAGUGCUCGCCUUGUUGCUCCUCAAUGUGCGCACCUCACGCGACCCCCGGGCGCAAAUUCAGAAUGGUUGGUGGGGACCAAAGAUCCUGGCCUUGCUCACCACGGUCGUGGGCAUGUUCUUCAUGCCGAGCUCCAUCUUCGUGAUGUGGGCAAACUAUGCUGCGCCCACGUUUGCGAUGUCAUUCAUCUUUCUUGGUCUCGUUCUUCUAGUGGAUUUUGCGCAUACAUGGUCGGAGACGUGUUUAGAGGAGUGGGAACGGCACGGCUCUGAUAUAUGGAAGUACAUCUUGGUGGGAACGACGCUUGGCCUGUAUGUCGUCGUGCUAAUUGCGACAGUGCUGCUGUAUAUAUUUUUCGCGCCAUCUCACUGCCCGGUCAAUCGGGCACUUAUAACUGUGAAUUUGAUGCUUGCGGUGAUACUGACGAUUCUGUGUGUGCAUCCGCGUAUUCAAGAAGCGAAUCCAAGGAGCGGUCUUGCGCAAAGCAGCAUGGUACUGGCGUAUAUGACAUAUCUACUAGCGUCUGCGCUUAUGAAUCGUGAUAACAAACAGUGUAACCCAAUUGCACGCGGUCGUGGUGAGAGUGCACAGACGACGGCAGCCGUGCUUGGCGCUAUUUUCACAUUUGUCGCUAUUGCGUACUCGACGACGCGUGCUGCUACGCAUUCGCGGAUGCUACUCGGUCGAGAAGGUGGCGAGAUUGCCCUGGAUACCGAGCCAGUGGUAAUGCAGACUCCCAUCACAGCACCACCUGCACCAAAAAAUACGCUACGCAUUGAGGCGAUCCGAUCGGCUGUAGCCGCGGGCUCGUUGCCUGCUUCAUUUCUUGAGGAGGAGCUACAAUCACAACAGGAGCAAGAACACGAAGUCCUGGCUCCCAACGACGACGAGCGCCAGGGUACACGUUACAAUUAUAGCAUUUUCCAUUGCAUCUUUGCAUUGGCGGCAUGCUAUGUGUCGAUGCUUUUGACGGACUGGCAGUCAAUGCUGCACGAAUCGUCGUCUAGUGACUCUAUGACCAUGUACAUUGGCACAAGUUUGGCAUCUAUGUGGAUUCGCAUCAUUAGUGCAUGGAUAUGCGCCGCACUUUAUGGGUGGUCACUUCUGGCCCCUGCGCUUUGUACGUACAAGGGUUUGCAUGUGGAUUAA